AUGAUCCAAUCCCAACUGCGAAAGGGAAACAUGGCAGAUGAACCCCGUAUUCAGAUCAUUGAGGAUGCGAACGCAUUUCUUCCCCCAUCAGUCCUACGAAUGGUUGCGCACCCGAAAGACCAAUCCCCUCGAGAAACAUUCGACGCAUCCCGGCUCAAGAUAAACCUGACUUCCUCCCCAAGACCAGUGCCACUCCCUGGUUCUCCGGAACUACUCUCGAACAAAGUAUGCACCGACCACAUGGUUACCGUCCGCUGGACCUCCGAGCAAGGCUGGGCCGAUCCAGAACUUGUUCCGUACGGCCCACUAUCAUUGAUGCCGACCGCGAGCGUUCUACACUAUUCCACGGCUUGUUUUGAGGGUAUGAAAGUAUACCGCGGUCUUGACGGGAAGCUGCGCCUAUUCCGACCGGGAUAUAACUGCGGACGGAUGCUUGCUUCUGCGCUUCGUAUCUCCCUUCCUGGGUCCGAUCCCCAACAGCUUCUUGAGUUGAUCAGGAAGCUCUGUGCGGUUGACGGUCCGAAGUGGCUGCCCCAGGACCGCGUCGGUCAGUCACUUUAUCUCCGUCCUACGUUUAUCGGAUCGGAUCCAAAUCUGGGAUUCCAGGUUCCCCAAGAGGCGAUGUUGUUCAUUAUCAUCUCAUACUGGCCGCCUCCACCCCCGGCCAAAACUGGACUGGAGCUUCUUUGCAGUGGCGAAGAUGUGGUCCGCGCGUGGCCUGGUGGCACCGGGUCAGCCAAAAUCAGUGGUAACUAUGGGCCCUCACUUUUGGCGCACGGCGAAGCCAAGAAAAAUGGUUUCGAUCAGGUCCUUUGGUUAUUUGGAUCUGAGGGGUACGUGACGGAGGCUGGAUCAUCGAACUUUUUCGCAAUUUGGCGAACGGGAGACGGGAAGCUGCAGCUUGUUACUGCUCCACUAGGAGAACAUACAAUUCUGGCAGGUGUAACCAGGAAGAGUGUCAUCGAGCUGACAAGAACAAGGCUUGACCAAGCUAGCUCUUCUCAACUGGACAUUGAGCCGUUGGAGGUAUUCGAGGCAAACUUCACUAUCUCCGAUCUAAUCAAGGCUUCGGAUGAGGGAAGACUGCUUGGUGCUUUCGCUGUUGGCACUGCCUGCUUUAUGCAACUAGUGGUCCGGAUUCAAUACAAGGAGCGGAUUAUUGAGAUCCCGCCAGACGAGGUUCCUCACAUAGCGAUCUUGCAGGGAUGGAUGUCUGGUAUUCUUGUAGGGAACGACAAAUAUGAAUGGACCGAUGUGAUCAGCGAAGAAUAG